CAUGGCGGCGGCGGCGGCGGGGCGGGACGCGCUACCUGAGCACUGGUCCUACGGCGUCUGCAGGGACGGCCGCGUCUUCUUCAUCGACGACCUGAGCCGCAGCACCACCUGGCUGCACCCGCGCACCGGGGAGCCCGUCAACUCGGGACACAUGAUCCGCUCCGACCUGCCCCGCGGCUGGGAGGAGGGCUUCUCGGAGGAGGGCGCCAGCUACUUCAUCGACCAUAAUCAGCAGACCACGUCAUUUAGACAUCCUGUGACAGGACAGGUUUCUCCAGAAAAUAUUGAAUUUAUUUUGCAAGAAGAACAGAAUUCACCUAUGUCCAAGCAACAAAUAAACCAAAGACCUUCAAGCAUGGUCAGUGAAUCAUCCACUGCAGUAACUAUGUCUGCUGUUGAUACAAAGCCUGGUUCUAAGGUGAUGAAGGCUGGAAACAAAGUUCAUAGCUUUGGAAAGAGGGAACAAGCUAUCAGGAGGAAUCCCAAUGUUCCUGUGAUAGUAAGAGGCUGGUUACACAAACAGGACAGUUCUGGUAUGCGAUUAUGGAAAAGACGAUGGUUUGUGCUUGCUGAUUAUUGUUUGUUUUACUAUAAAGAUAGCAGAGAAGAAUCUGUGUUGGGUAGCAUACCAUUGCCCAGCUAUGUAAUAUCUCCUGUUGGACCUGAAGAUCGUAUAAAUCGCAAAUUUUCUUUUAAGGCUGUCCAUACAGGGAUGCGGGCAUAUAUUUAUAAUAAGAAUUCUGUUAUUGGCUCUCAGGCAGAGCAUUCAGGGAUGCGGACGUAUUACUUCAGUGCAGAUACCCAGGAGGAUAUGAACAGCUGGAUUCGGGCUAUGAACCAAGCUGCCCUUAUGCAAACACGCUCUUCACUGAGAAGAGAAACUGAAAAAGGAGAUCAACGAGCUGUUCCCCAAGUCAAUCAUGUGGAUGCCUGUAAAGUAUGUGUGAAGGCAGAGAUUACAGACACAAAAGAAAGUUACCAAAAAUCUGCUGAAAUGCUCGGAUAUGAUAAGCGUGAGGAGAUAAGAAGAGAAAAAGAAGAAGAGGAACGUUAUAUCCACAGAAAAGAAGCUCUAGAAACUAAGAAGGGAAAGGCUAAGCAUGCGUUAACAGAAGCUGAUUCAUUAUUUCCAGAUUUAACGAAUCCACCACGAUCCCAAGUAGCUCAGUCUGUGCCCAUUGAGAAGAAUGGAACGCUUCCUAGUUCAUUAAGUAUGAGUGCUGGCCUAGUGGAGCAGAAUGGUACCAGCUCAUAUAAAAGAGGGUUUGUUCCCAGGACAAAUCCAGAUAAACAGAUUCAAAGAAAAAGUAAUAUGGCUCAAGUGGAGCACUGGGUAAAAGUCCAAAAAGGAGAUACAAAAAGCCUUGCUUCUGAUCUGACUCUCACACGCCAGGGUCCCAAUCCACCUUUUUCUGAAAACUACCACACUUUGCCAAAGAACACCAGGCAGCCUUCAGGGAGCUCACCGCCACCACUAAAUCGCAAUUUGCCGAGUGACUACAAGUAUGCACAAGAUCGUGUUAGCCACUUGAAGAUGUCCCAGGAGGAAAGGAAAGCAAAUAAGGAUGGAACUGUUUGGCAGCUUUAUGAGUGGCAGCAGAGACAGCAAUUUAAGCAUGGCAGCCCCACUGCCCCGCUUUAUGUAGGCUCUUCGGAUUUUAUUGAUCGGGGUAAGUCAAAAAGUUCAUUGGAUGUUCCACGAUCAAUAUCUGUUCCACCCUCUCCAUCUGAUAUUCCUCCACCUGGACCUCCAAAAAGCUUUCUCCCGAGGAGACCGCACACUCCUGCAGAAAGGCUCACAGUUAAACCAUCUGAUGAGAGACAGACUGUAGACAGUCCUUUCGCUGGAUCACCUAGGAAGAUUCGAAGUAAUGCUCUAAAGAGCUCAACUCACAUUGAUCGACGCUCGAUGCCAGCUAUGGGCUACAUGACCCAUACUGUGAGCGCACCAAGUUUGCAUGGCAAGUCGGCUGAUGACACUUAUAUCCAGUUGAAAAAGGAUUUGGAGUAUUUAGAUCUGAAGGUGUCGGGACGCGACACGCUAAAAGAGCGAAGUACGAAACCCGUCAAGGUUGCAGAAAGUGACAUCGAUGUCAAGCUGAGCGUUUUCUGUGAGCAGGACAGAAUUCUGCAGGACUUGGAGGACAAAAUAAGAGCUCUUAAGGAAAAUAAAGAUCAGCUGGAGUCUGUUUUGGAGGUGUUACACAGGCAGAUGGAACAGUACAAAGACCAACCACAGCAUGCAGAAAAAAUUUCCUACCAGCAAAGACUUUUGCAAGAAGAUCUUAUACAUAUUCGGGCUGAAAUAUCCAAAGUUUCAACGGAAAUGGAAAAUGCCUGGAAAGAAUAUCUGAAACUAGAAAAGGACGUGAGCCAGCUGAAGAAAGCCUUGCAGGAACAAAUGAACAGUUCAUUAGUAUCUCAGGAGAAAACACAAAUACAAAAAGACUUGUGGAGAAUUGAAGAUGUUACAGCUGGCUUGAGUGCAAAUAAAGCAAAUUACAAAACCAUAGUGGACUCCAUCAAGAAUCCAGAAAGAAAAACAGUGCCUUCAUUUUCUCAGUCUACAGUGCCUUCCUUACCAGCUUCUCUCACAACUGUGGAGAGCAAACCUUCAGUUCCACAAAGCCCUCCGUCCAGCAUGGUCAAACCUUCCCUGGAGGUGAGGCUGUAUCCACAGCCUUAUUUCCAGGCCAGAACGCAGCAACAAGUACCACAGCUGAAAAAAAUUGAGCCACCUCUUCAGUCACCAGUUAGGCUAAUGCCAAAGGUUGAAGAUGAAGCACCGCCCAGACCUCCUCUUCCUCAGUUAUACAGUCCUGAAGAUCAACCACCAGCUGUUCCACCACUCCCAAGGGAAGCCACUGUCAUCAGACAUACGUCAGUGCGAGGCCUGAAACGUCAGUCGGAUGAAAGAAAGAGAGACAGAGAACUAGGACAGUAUGUAAACGGAGAUUAUAGGGUAGAACUGCGUUCGUACGUGAGUGAACCAGAACUAGCAAUGAUUGGUGGUGACCUCAGCCAACCUUCCAGUGGUUUCAUAACUGUUGAUAGCGGAUACCAGACGUUGCCUACUCGUGGCUUGUCAGGAUCAACUUCCAGAUUGCACCAGUCAUCUACCAUUUCAUCAUAUGCAACUCUUCGAAGAGAUAGGUCCAAGGAGAGACCAAAGAGUGCCUUGGAACGUUUAUACUCUGGAGACCACCAAAGAGGCAAGAUGAGUGCAGAGGAACAACUAGAAAGAAUGAAACGACAUCAGAAGGCAUUAGUUCGUGAACGCAAGAGAACCCUUAGCCAAGGAGAAAGGCAGUCUGUUUCAUCUCGGUCUUUCAUCAGGCCCAUUUCUGCAGACAUAGGCUCAUGGAAGCGAGAGCAAGAAUUUGAUUUGCAGCUACUUGAGAGGGCAAUUCGUGGAGAAGACAAGGAUGAAAAUGAAUGGUUAAAAGUUCAGCCAGUAGCAGUAGCGGUGACAGAGACAGACCUGGAGCCUCAAGACUACGAUUUAGACAUCAGCAGAGAGUUGUCAAAACCUGAGAAGGUUGCGAUUCCAGAACGUUAUGUUGAAUUGGAGCCAGAAGAACCUCUUUCUACAGAAGAACUGGAAGCAAGGCAGCGUAAAGCAGAGAAGAUAAAGAAUAUCCUUACGAAAUCAAGUAUGCACAAUCUACAGCCUACUGUUGCCCAGGACAAGCACAACUCAGUUGAUUUAGAUUCACAGCUCCAAGAGCAGGAACGCAUCAUUACCAUAUCAUACGCUUUGGCUUCUGAAGCCUCUCAGAGGAGCAAGGAGGUAGCAGCCAAAGCAGUAAGUGAGCAGUGAUGUAAGACUCGAAGCCAAUCCCACCCCAGUGGCGCCGCAUAGAAGAAACAGGAGACUGAUUGCGAGCACUCUGUGAAGGCAUUCACUGGCUGAUCACAGGUUCUUUCUUUUGGAAAUAUGUUCAGAGAAUAAUGGGGGAUUUUCUAUGAAAAUGGAGAGAAUUGCUUAACUUCUUAUUUUGACUUCAGUUUAGUUCAGACUUUUUAUAUGAAUGGAUGGCACUUUUAAUAAACUCUGUAAAAUACUGACAAUGUAUUUUUAGAACAGAAUGUAUUUUGGAAUUUGUUUAAAUCAAGGGCUGAAUUCAUUUGAAGAGGAACUACUUGCAUAGUUGUUAUGAGAUGCUGUUACUUCCCCCUCAGGCUCAGAAGCACAAUGUAAAGUUUUAUGGAAAAAAAUGCAAGUUGAACAAUCCUAGAAACACGUUUGUAGGGUAUGGGUAGAGCUAACCCCACUUGAGAGGUUUACUGUAGGGCUGUUUUGGGUUGAGUAUCUUAGUAGAGUUAAUCACCCACCCUUUUGCCCAUGGAGUAAUACAUUGCAAGGAACUUGUAGUUUGAUUUCCUAAAUCUCAGUAUAGCUGAAAUUUUCCAUGAAAGCCAUUGCAAAAAACAAUUUUUAACUCCUGUUUCCUUUUUUGAUUGCAUGUCAUUAGCUUGCUGGUAUUGAUACACAGCAUGCUAGAUUGCUCCUGACUGUAGUAACAACCAGCUAACAAAGUAUAUUUUGUUUUGAAAGCUGAGAUAUGGAAAAAGGAAACUUUUAAAUUAAAGUAUGUCACGUAAGCAAUAAG